GAGCUGCGGCCGGAGCCGUCGUGCGGCGGGACGGCGCCCGGCCCAGCUCUCGGUUUGCGCGGCGCUUCCCCCGGUGCGGCCUCGGCGCGAGGAACGGCCUUGAGUGGAGCGGAGCGGGCGGUUUCAGGGUAGGCGCGCAAACCGCGUCGUCUCGGGAGCUGGGAGCAGCUGCGACACCUGCGGCUGUCCCACGGCACGGCUGAGCAGAGCGCGCGCGCGGAACCCGAGCGGGUCCGGGGGGCGGCACGCGGAUGUCCCAUCACGCGUCGUCCUCUGAGGGAACAGCCGGAGCACGGCUGGGGCUCCGGGGCAGCGGGUGCCGGGGGUGCGCUGCCUCUCCUCCUACGGCCUGCCCUUCGGUUGGUGUGCAGGCCUUUAUUCGGGUGCUUCGCUUUACGAGCCUGUCAAAGAUUUUGGCAGCUAGAGCUUGGUCUUUUAUCUGAUCUGUCAGUAGUGUUGCUGACGAUGCAUCGUCAUCUGUGGAUCUUUUCCUGUUGUGCGGUACUGUAGAUUGGAUGCGUACUCUUCUAUUACAGUGUUAUUAUUUCAAGAAAAUCUUAAACACGGGGACACAUUGGCCCCUGGGGGCCUUCACUUAUUCUGCAUGAAAGUGAUGGAGUGAGGGUAGGUGUCGGCGUGGCACGUGUGCACUGUUACUGUGUAGAGUGUUAAAUGCUUUUUAGAAUGAGCAGAUGGGCAGAGGGGUGGUUGUUACAUAACAGUGUGCUUCGGGGCGAAUUCUCUGUGGAACCAUGAGAUACGGUGUGUUUUAAAGUGCCCUUCAUCUUUCAACUAAUGUUUGCCAAGAGACAGGGAAGGGUUGUAUUUUUUAAAAACUUUCAAGUUACCUGGUAUAACAUCUUCAUAAUGCCAGAAAGAACUUAAUUAUGCCUGGAUUGCCAUUGUUGAUCAGUGCUGAAACAUCCUGUCUGGUCCUCCGUGCCCAGUCUUCCUGGUUUCUUUGCCCAGUGUGCUAUGGGACACAACGGGAAACAGCUGAACUGUUAAAGUUUGUGGAGAAAACAUACUGUGGCUGACUACAUACUGUUACAACCUCAAGGAAUAGGCUCACCUAGCGUCUACCAUGCUGUGAUAGUGAUAUUUUUGGAGUUUUUUGCUUGGGGACUCCUGACAGCACCCACUCUGAUGGUUUUGCAUGAAACCUUUCCAAAACAUACAUUUCUAAUGAAUGGUCUAAUUCAAGGAGUAAAGGGCUUAUUAUCAUUCCUCAGUGCCCCACUCAUAGGUGCCCUGUCUGAUGUGUGGGGGCGAAAGUCCUUCCUGCUGCUAACAGUGUUUUUCACCUGUGCACCAAUACCGCUAAUGAAGAUCAGCCCAUGGUGGUACUUUGCUGUUAUAUCUGUCUCUGGAGUUUUUGCUGUGACAUUUUCUGUGGUGUUUGCAUACGUAGCAGACAUAACCCAAGAACAUGAAAGAAGCAUGGCCUAUGGUUUGGUUUCAGCAACCUUUGCAGCAAGCUUGGUUACCAGCCCUGCUAUUGGUGCCUACCUUGGUCGAGUCUACGGAGACAGCUUGGUCGUGGUCCUGGCUACAGCAAUAGCCUUGUUAGACAUUUGUUUUAUUCUUGUUGCUGUACCAGAAUCACUGCCGGAGAAGAUGAGGCCAGCAUCCUGGGGAGCGCCCAUUUCAUGGGAACAGGCUGACCCUUUUGCAUCCUUAAAGAAGGUUGGCCAGGACUCAAUAGUGCUGCUAAUCUGCAUCACAGUCUUUCUUUCCUACCUCCCGGAGGCAGGUCAAUAUUCCAGCUUCUUCCUAUACCUCAGACAGAUAAUGGGAUUUUCAUCUGAAAGUGUUGCAGCAUUUAUAGCAGUCCUUGGAAUUCUUUCCAUUAUUGCACAGACAAUAGUUUUGAGUUUACUUAUGCGGUCCAUUGGAAAUAAAAACACCAUCCUACUGGGUCUAGGAUUUCAAAUACUACAGCUUGCCUGGUACGGCUUUGGAUCCGAACCUUGGAUGAUGUGGGCAGCAGGAGCUGUUGCAGCCAUGUCCAGUAUUACUUUCCCAGCUGUAAGUGCACUGGUUUCACGAACUGCUGAUGCUGACCAGCAAGGUGUUGUUCAAGGGAUGAUAACAGGAAUUCGAGGCUUAUGUAAUGGUUUGGGACCUGCACUUUAUGGUUUUAUAUUCUACAUAUUUCACGUUGAACUGAAUGAACUCCCUGUGCCUGAAUCACCAUCAGGAGGUACUGUCGUCACACAAUACCACUUACAACAGAAUUCAAUAAUUCCUGGACCCCCAUUCUUAUUUGGGGCAUGCUCUGUGCUGCUAGCACUACUUGUUGCCUUGUUUAUUCCUGAACACACCAACCUAACUGUACGAUCCAGCAACUGGAAGAAACACUGUGGCAGUCACGGCCAUCCCCACAGCCCACAAGCUCCUGGAGAAGCUAAAGAACCAUUACUGCAAGACACAAACGUAUGACAAAAAAAAUCUAGGACGACUUUCUAGACAUUUUUCAUCAGCAGUUUGGGAUACACAUUCCACUUCUAUCAAAAACAGUUUCUUAAGGUAAUCUUAAGAAUUAUCUUUCUGCAUGAUAUUUAUAGGAAUUAAAAAAAAUUCCAAAGAUGUUGCCAUUAAAUUAAUAAUUUGUUUUUUUUUUCCUUAAAAAAGUUAAGUACUUAUCUUUUGCCAUGAAAUACUGUUACUAUUAAACUUUACAUUCUAGUUUGGAGACAAAAGAAUAUAGUCAAGAUAUGAGCAUGUGUCCUUCUGUUUCCUUAAGGUGGCGAGCUUUAAUUCUACUCAUGCUAAGUCUCAAUGAGACAUACUAGCAUCCGUGUGGACCCAUUCAUUUUAAUGUUGUAAAAUCUUGGGUCAGAUGAUUCAAAGCCUUAAUGUAAAUGUACUCAAGUAGGGAAAAGGUGAACUGGUAUCAUUUAUUUUUAAAAAGUCAUAUGGUGGAUUUGUUGGGUUUUUUUUUGUUGUUUUUUUUUUUAAAGUUUGUACCAAUAUAAAAACUACAAGCACGCUUGCUGAACAGUAGAAGUUAUUUUUAUGUAAGUGCAUUUACUCUAUUUUUGAACAGAUGGUAGUAUCAAACAUUUGUUUAACUAUUAAGUGGGUGUUUUGAGCCUACAGAUUUUAAUAUGGGCUUUAAAACUCUGCUUUCAUAAAUACUGUUUGUUAUACCACUAUAUUUCUGAUGUUUGCAUAAUCAUACAAGGACCUCAAAACUUGAAUACAGACUGAACUAUAAGCUGAUAGCCUUGAAUAUGUCAGUGUGCUAUAUAUAUAUAUAUAUAUAUAUAUAUAUAUAUAUAGUGGCCUUUGAAGACUGUCGCAGUAACCCUUUUACAUUACAGAGCUAAUGUUUUAGUCCUAAAUUUUCAGGACCCCUUAGUACAGAAGAAAGCUUUAUACAAUUACAGAUGUGAAUUUCUCUAAAAGUGUAUAUUUUUGUGUCCAGUUGUAUUAUUUAAGUGUUCCUUUGUAUAAAUUUGUGUAUAAAGUAUUGUAUAGGUUUAAAACAUUUUCAUCUUGUGGUUAUUGUUUAAUGCUUUUUUACCUUUGAACAUUCACCAUGGUUGACCAAGAGCAGGAAAAAAUAUGUAAAUAUACUGUUAAUAAAGCUGGAUAUUUUAAUGAA